AUGGUUUCCUCAACGGCUUCCAACCUCGAGCGCGAGGACCACACUCGCGAUGCACAGUUCAACAAGGCCCUGCACGGUAACAGUGCCAAGGCCACUGGUGGUCUCUCCGCCAUGUUCAGCAAGGGCCACGAUGCGAAGCAGGCCGCUGUCGACGAGUACUUCAAGCACUGGGACAACAAGGCCGCUAAGGACGAGACUGCCGAGGAGCGCGCAGCCCGAACUGCCGAAUACGCGACCUUGACCAGACACUACUACAACCUCGCCACCGACUUGUACGAGUAUGGCUGGGGCCAGUCCUUCCACUUCUGCCGCUUUUCCCACGGCGAGCCAUUCUACCAGGCUAUUGCCCGGCAUGAGCACUACCUCGCCCAUCAAAUCGGCAUCACGGAGGGCAUGAAGGUUCUUGACGUCGGAUGUGGUGUCGGUGGUCCUGCGCGCGAAAUCGCGAAGUUCACUGGCUGCCAUGUUACCGGUCUUAACAACAACGACUACCAGAUCGACCGAGCCACCCACUAUGCCGCGAAGGAGGGUUUGUCGAAGCAGCUUGAGUUUGUGAAGGGUGACUUCAUGCAAAUGUCUUUUCCCGACAACUCUUUCGACGCUGUCUACGCCAUCGAGGCCACUGUGCACGCGCCCAACUUGGAGGGUAUCUACAGUGAGAUCUUCCGCGUUCUGAAGCCUGGCGGUGUCUUUGGUGUCUACGAGUGGUUGAUGACGGACAAGUACGACAACGAUAACCUGGCCCACCGCGAGAUUCGCCUGGGUAUUGAGCAGGGUGACGGUAUUUCCAACAUGUGCAAGGUCUCGGAGGGUCUUGCUGCCAUGAAGGCUGCUGGCUUUGAGAUGCUGCACCACGAGGAUCUUGCCGACAGGCCCGAUCCCAUGCCGUGGUACUGGCCCUUGUCAGGCGACCUCAAGUACAUCCAGUCCGUCUUCGAUAUUUUUACCAUUGUGCGCAUGACCAAAGUGGGCCGCUACAUCAUGCACAACAUGAUCGGCGCGCUUGAGGCCAUUAAGCUCGCCCCUGCUGGUACUAAGAAGACGGCCAACAGCUUGGCAUGGGCUGGUGAUUGCCUUGUUGCUGGUGGCAAGGAGCACCUAUUCACUCCUAUGUACUUGAUGGUUGGAAAGAAGCCCACCAACUAG